GGGGAGGCUUGCUAGAUUAUUGCCCAUUUAUUACGUAAAUCAGCGAACAGAAAUUUUACAGUAACAAAAGCAAGGAACAACAGAAAAAUGUUGAAGGUAGCGACUACGUUGAGGUUACUGCCCAAACAGGGCAACCAGGUACGUCUCCUGGCGACGGCAGUGGGUUAUAAGCAGGCCCUAGUGAAUGUGCCACCAACUAAGCUCACUGUUCUUGAUAAUGGGAUUCGUGUCGCUUCAGAGGACUCCGGCGCUCCUACUGCUACAGUAGGACUUUGGAUAGAUGCCGGUUCGAGAUAUGAAACGUCCAGAAACAAUGGCGUCGCUCAUUUCCUAGAACACAUGGCUUUCAAAGGCACUAGCAAAAGAUCGCAAACAGACCUGGAGCUGCUCGUAGAAAACAUGGGCGCGCACCUCAACGCUUACACGUCCCGGGAACAGACAGUGUUUUAUGCCAAAUGCCUCGCCAAUGACGUACCAGUUGCUGUAGAAAUCCUUGCAGACAUCAUCCAGAACUCUUCGCUCGCUGAACCCGAAAUCGAACGAGAACGAGGCGUCAUCCUUCGGGAGAUGCAAGACGUCGAAAGUAAUCUCCAAGAAGUGGUGUUUGAUCACUUGCAUGCAACAGCUUUCCAGGGUACUCCAUUGGGCCAGACUAUUUUGGGCCCCACCAAGAACAUUAAGAAAAUUUCUAAGGCUGACCUGCAGCAAUACAUCAAGACUCACUACCAGCCUGCACGUAUUGUCCUUUCUGGAGCUGGUGGAGUUGACCACCAGAAAUUAGUUGAUCUAGCUAACAAGCAUUUUAGUGGCCUGAAGAACUCUGCCGGAGAAAUUCCAGAACUAGCUCCAUGCCGCUACACUGGAUCUGAGAUUAGAGUAAGAGAUGACUCUAUGCCUCUUGCGCAUAUUGCAAUUGCUGUUGAGGGAGCCGGCUGGACCGAUGCUGACAACAUUCCUCUAAUGGUUGCCAACACACUUGUUGGAGCUUGGGACCGUUCUCAGGGAGGUGGUGCCAACAAUGCCUCCUACCUGGCUCGAGCUGCAUCUAUUGAGAACCUCUGCCAUAGCUUCCAGUCAUUCAACACUUGCUACAAGGACACUGGUCUGUGGGGUAUUUAUUUUGUCUCAGAACCCUUACAGAUUGAAGACAUGGUUUAUAAUAUACAGACAGAAUGGAUGAAGCUUUGCACAUCUGUUACUGAAGCCGAGGUUGACCGUGCAAAGAACCUUCUGAAGACCAACAUGCUGCUCCAACUUGAUGGAACAACUCCCAUCUGUGAAGACAUUGGUCGUCAGAUACUAUGCUAUGGUCGCCGUAUACCUAUCCAUGAACUUGAUGCCAGGAUUGAAUCUGUGACUGCCAAGAAUGUUCGUGAUGUUUGCAAUAAGUUCAUUUAUGACCGCUGCCCUGUAGUUGCAGCCGUAGGACCUACUGAAGGUCUUCCUGACUACACCAGACUCCGGGCUGGCAUGUACUGGCUGCGAGUGUAAAUUAAUAUUUUUAAUAGUUUACUUUUAGAUUCGAAAUUUAAAUCAAUUAAGAACGAACCCAUUAAAUUGUCACUCAAAUGUCUGUUGUUUUAUUGAAAUAAAACAAAAUGUCUUUGGUGGAAUGUAUUUAUUGUUAGAAGAAUAAGAUAAAU